AUGGGUCACUGCCGGUCGAAAUGCUUCUUCGACCCGUCGUGUGUGGCGGUGGCGAUCUCAGCCACACCCGCCGCCAGCAGCUCGUACACGUGCAAGUUCACGGCGGCGGUGGCGGCCACUGGCCAACUUCUGCAGCCUCACGACUUCCUCGAACACGGCGCUGGGGUUGUUACUUACGUCAAGAGUUUUUCAUGCUACCCUCCAUUGCAACUGAUCCUGGGGGUUGGCUGUCUCUACUUCAGCACGAACGCGACAAACUUCGCCGAUGCCAAAGCCAUCGGAUGUCCUGCGGGAACUAAACUCUACGCUCCUCCAUCACAAGACAGCUACUUCAAACUUGCCGAUUACCUCAUGCGCACUGGCGCUACUGUGGACUACUGGCUCUGGGUUAACAGGAAAACUGACUACACUUGGGUGUGGGAAGACGGUAAAUAUUCCUACGGCACGGCUGUUUACGAGCAAGGCGUGUGGGCUCAAGACAAUCCCGGAAAUCAAACACUCAACACAUGUAGCAGGAUGAAACGCAAGGCUAACUUUGAAAUGUCUGACAAAGCCUGCACUGAGCUCUACAACUUCAUCUGCACAAUGGCCUAACUCACUUCAUGGCAUUCUCAGAGGAUGUAUAGAAAAGGAAAGCAGGACGCUGAUGCUAGAGGGCAGAGGCAGAAGGUUGUAAGCUUUUCAGAGUACAGCAGUACAUAUUGAUUCGAGUACACGUUGACCUCGCACCUUCAAAUCCAACCUCAUUUGGAUUAAAAGGUGGGACAGCGAUACUAUUGGAUAUUAUAUCCAAACAGAGAUAUUAUUGGAUAUACUUUGCAUUUGGCCUUCAUUAAGAGUUCACAUAAUGUUGCUCCUUAAUUCGAAUUUAUAUUUUCGAACUGCCGAAAAGAAAAAAAUUAUCUCCGAAUCAAUAGGUACCGCAAAAUACCAUUUAUUCCAUCUCUUAAGUAUCAAAAUUUCCAGUCAAAAUCGUUUCAAAUUUAGAGGUGAGGUUAUCCUGAACAUAGUUGAUAAAAAUCUAUUUAUGAGUUUUACUACCACAUAGACACUAUCAUCAAAAAACUUCAGAUGCGUCACAACUUUUCCUGAACAUCAUUGAAUUAUAUGACACAGUGUGAUCACAGCCUCAUUAUAGCUCACAAUAACCUAGCAUAUUUGGAAUUUCAAUGCAAUGCCCGUUUUGCCGUGUCUUUAAUUAAAUACAAGAUGGAAGUUUUGGUAAGUGUUGGCGGCUUUCUAUGUCAAAUAUUGGCAUCCUAAAAGCGAUGAGGUCUAAAACAGAGCUUUCUUGGACAUCUGUUUAUAGCGGAUGCGCAAUAUGAGCAAAAGCUUAAUUUUCGUUAUUACCUUGUCAAAUUUACGGCCAUUGUAGUAGAUUUGAAAAGGUUGUUGAUGCUAAUCGCCUGAUUUGAAUGACAUUUUAAUCGGGGAAUAACAUUUUGCAAUAUCCCGGUUAUUCCACGCGAUCGUUAUUGUCGUGAAGACAGCACUCUAUUCAGCAAGAAUAGAGUGCUGUUCAGCACUCUCUCUCAUUCUCUAUUCACAGCACUCUAAGCAAUUGAGAGCAUGACACUCAUUUAUUGGCAAAAGUAAGACAGUAAUUAAUAACCAAGUCCUAGACAAUUUGGUUAGAAGUUUUCAACAAUUUUUUGCCCUCUAAUUUUGCUCAAAACUUUGCUGCUUUUUUGCUGCGAAGUUGGACCAGGACUAGUCCAUCAUAACAUAACUUGGGUUAUAGCUGUUAAUUGAGUAACUAAAUUAAUGUGAGCAAUUUAUGUCAACUCCACGGUAUCCACGGUGAUGAUUGACAAUAUUAUUUCAUGCUGAAUUGUAAUUCCUCACCAAUAGUUAUCAACAUGGCCGUCCAAAUCUCAAUCACAAUGGAGUAUUAAUUUGUAGAAGAUUAUUCUCAAAUGCAGUGCACCAGCUAUUUACUUUUUUUCAUAAUCUAUAACAUAAUCUGAUUAUUAUUCCCACAGUGCAAGCCUCACUUAUCAUUCUACUAUUAGU